UUCGGGUGGUAUUUCCUUCAACUUCCUUGGUAACCCACAUGGAAACAGUUCUUAUCAUACCUCACUGAAAAAGAUCGCAUCUGUUUGUUUUGUUUUACCGCGCCAAUUCUAAAGGUGAAUAAAUAACUAUCACGAAGGGAGCAUUUUUGUUUGGGUUUGUUGCUUUCUUAUACGACGUUCAUAAAAUACACAGACAUGAAGAUCGAGGAAGUCAAAAGCACCACGAAAACCCAGCGCAUCGCGUCUCACAGCCAUGUAAAAGGACUCGGGCUAGACGAUGCCGGGAACGCAAAGCAAAAUGCGUCAGGUCUUGUUGGACAGGAGACCGCAAGAGAGGCUUGUGGUAUCAUUGUGGAACUGAUCCGCUCAAAGAAGAUGUCGGGAAGGGCUGUUUUACUUGCUGGACCUCCCGGUACAGGAAAGACCGCCCUGGCGUUGGCAAUGGCACAGGAGCUCGGCAACAAAGUGCCCUUCUGCCCCAUGGUGGGCAGUGAGGUCUACUCUUCUGAGAUCAAGAAAACAGAGGUGCUGAUGGAGAACUUCAGGAGGGCCAUAGGUCUGCGUAUUAAGGAGACCAAGGAGGUGUAUGAGGGGGAGGUUACAGAGCUGACCCCCUGUGAGACGGAGAACCCCAUGGGUGGUUACGGGAAGACCAUCAGCCACGUCAUCAUCGGACUGAAGACCGGCAAGGGCACCAAGCAGCUCAAGCUGGACCCCAGUAUUUAUGAGAGCCUGCAGAAGGAGCGUGUGGAAGCAGGAGACGUCAUCUACAUUGAAGCAAACAGUGGCGCCGUCAAGAGACAAGGUCGGUGUGACACAUUUGCCACAGAGUUUGACCUGGAGGCUGAGGAGUACGUGCCGCUGCCUAAGGGGGACGUCCACAAGAAGAAAGAGAUUAUCCAAGACGUCACGCUACACGACCUGGAUAUUGCCAACGCUAGACCACAGGGAGGUCAAGAUAUCCUGUCUAUGAUGGGACAACUGAUGAAGCCCAAGAAGACAGAGAUCACAGACAAGCUGCGAGCUGAGAUCAACAAGGUGGUAAACCGCUACAUUGACCAGGGUGUGGCUGAGCUGGUCCCUGGGGUGCUGUUUGUGGACGAGGUGCACAUGCUGGACAUCGAGUGUUUCACCUACCUGCACCGAGCUCUGGAGAGCACCAUCGCACCCAUCGUAGUGUUCGCCUCCAACAGGGGCAACUGUCUCAUCAGGGGGACAGAGGACAUCAGCUCUCCCCAUGGCAUUCCCCUGGACCUGCUGGACAGAGUCAUGAUCAUCCGCACCAUGCUCUACACACCGCAGGAGAUGAAGCAGAUCAUUAAGAUUCGUGCUCAGACUGAGGGGAUCAACAUCAGUGAGGAGGCCCUCAGUCACCUAGGAGAGAUCGGAACCAAGACCACACUCCGGUAUGCGGCUCAGCUGCUGACCCCAGCCAGUCUGUUAGGCAGAGUCCAGGGGAAGGAGGUAGUAGAGAGGGAGCAGGUGGAGGAGAUCAACGAACUCUUCUACGAUGCCAAGUCCUCCGCUAAGAUCCUCCAGGACCAGCAGCACAAGUUCAUGAAAUAAAGAACUACCCUUCUCUACCUCCCUCCAUCCUCACUUUCUACCACAAGGCUAGCAUCAAAUGUUUGUAAACCCUGACAGUCUCUUUUUCUCUCCUCAUUCUCCUUCAUGUAAAGUUCAUCCUGCUCUUUCUUGUUUCUCUCUUUCCAGCCUUCCUCUCAUCCUUUUGUUCAGAACCUCAAGCUGUUCAGAACCUCAAGCUGCCCCAUCUGUGCCUCAUCCACUGUAGUAGUUUGUUACGUUCAGAUAAAUACAUUGUUUUAAAGGAUCUUUGCUUGUUAAUAAAAUUAGAUUUUUUCAAUAAAAAGGAAAACUUGA